CUCUCUUGUACAAGGGUCUGUUGAUAGCGUGGUUGCUACCGUCUCAAAGGCUAUGGAAAACCAAGCCUUUCUUCAACAAGGACCAGUAGACAGCCAGAUUGCUGCCGGCUCAAAGGCUAUGGAAAACCAGGCCUCUCUUGGACAAGGGUCUGUAGACGACCAGAUUGAUGCCAGCUCAAAGGCUAUGGAAAACCAAGCAUCUGUUGUACAAGGGUCUGUUCACAGUCAGACUGCUGCCGACUCAAAUGCUAUGGAAAACCAGGUCUCUUUUGUAGAACGACCUGUAGAAAGCCAUACUGCUGCCGACUCAAAUGCUAUGGAAAACCAAGCAUCUGUUGUACAAGGGUCUGUUCACAGUCAGACUGCUGCCGACUCAAAUGCUAUUGAAAUCCAAGCCUCUCUUGUACAAGGGUCUGUUGAUAGCGUGGUUGCUACCGUCUCAAAGGCUAUGGAAAACCAAGCCUUUCUUCAACAAGGACCAGUAGACAGCCAGAUUGCUGCCGGCUCAAAGGCUAUGGAAAACCUUGUCUCUUUUGUAAAACGACCUGGAGAAAGCCAUACUGCUGCCGACUCAAAUGCUAUUGAAAUCCAAGCCUUUCUUGAACAAAUGCCUGUAGACAGCAAGACUGCUGCCGGCUUAAGGGCUGUAGAAACCCAGGCCUCUCUUGUACAAGGACCUGUAGACAGUCAGACUGUUGCCGCCUCAAAGGCUGUAGAAAACAAAGUCUCUCUUCAACAAGGACCAGCAGACAGCCAAAUUGCCGCCGGUCCGAAGGCUAUGGAAAACCAGGCCUCUCUUCUACAACGACCUGUAGAAAGCCAGAUUGAUGCCGGCUCAAAGGCUAUGCAAAUCGAAGCCUCUCUUGGACAAGGGUCUGUAGACGACCAGAUUGAUGCCAGCUCAAAGGCUAUGGAAAACCAAGCAUCUGUUGUACAAGGGUCUGUUCACAGUCAGACUGCUGCCGACUCAAAUGCUAUUGAAAUCCAAGCCUCUCUUGUACAAGGGUCUGUUGAUAGCGUGGUUGCUACCGUCUCAAAGGCUAUGGAAAACCAAGCCUCUCUUGUACAAGGACCUGUAGACAGUCAGACUGUUGCCGCCUCAAAGGCUGUAGAAAACAAAGUCUCUCUUCAACAAGGACCAGCAGACAGCCAAAUUGCCGCCGGUCCGAAGGCUAUGGAAAACCAGGCCUCUCUUCUACAACGACCUGUAGAAAGCCAGAUUGAUGCCGGCUCAAAGGCUAUGCAAAUCGAAGCCUCUCUUGGACAAGGGUCUGUAGACGACCAGAUUGAUGCCAGCUCAAAGGCUAUGGAAAACCAAGCAUCUGUUGUACAAGGGUCUGUUCACAGUCAGACUGCUGCCGACUCAAAUGCUAUUGAAAUCCAAGCCUCUCUUGUACAAGGGUCUGUUAAUAGCGUGGUUGCUACCGUCUCAAAGGCUAUGGAAAACCAAGCCUUUCUUCAACAAGGACCAGUAGACAGCCAGAUUGCUGCCGGCUCAAAGGCUAUGGAAAACCAGGUCUCUUUUGUAGAACGACCUGUAGAAAGCCAUACUGCUGCCGACUCAAAUGCUAUUGAAAUCCAAGCCUUUCUUGAACAAAUGCCUGUAGACAGCAAGACUGCUGCCGGCUUAAGGGCUGUAGAAACCCAGGCCUCUCUUGUACAAGGGCCUGUAGACAGUCAGACUGUUGCCGCCUCAAAGGCUUUAGAAAACAAAGUCUCUCUUCAACAAGGACCAGCAGACAGCCAAAUUGCCGCCGGUCCGAAGGCUAUGGAAAACCAGGCCUCUUUUGUACAACGACCUGUAGAAAGCCAGAUUGCUGCCGGCUCAAAGGCUAUUGAAAACCAAGCCUCUCUUGGACAAGGACCAGUAGACCACAAGAAUGCCACAAAAUCGAAGCCUAUGGUAAACCAGACUCUGGAUAGUACUGUUGUCAUGGCUGUUGAAGCCCACGCCUCUUUUGUGCCGGGACCUGAAAGUGGUCAGGUUCCCACGGUGUCUAUGGAAAAAAAAAACACCUCUCUGGCGAUGGGGGCUACAAAUAACCAGAAUGAUACUCUGUCCAAGAUUGGGGUAAACCAAACAUCUCCAGCUGCAGACUGGGCAGUAAACCACGCUGAUAGUACAUGGCAGGCUUCUGAAAACCGAACCGUCCCAAUACCACAACAGACUGACACUGAAAUGAUGAUGCUGAAAUCGGCUGUCAUGGCAGGAUCUUUGGAUAUCAAGGCAGGUGCGUGUCCAAGACUUUCGCCACCCCAGGCAUUUGUUGCAUCAAGUGAUAAUUCUCCAAGGGAUCAAAUCCACGUGGUAGACCAAAAGACAAAGACACCCAUCACUCAGGUGUCAUUCAAGGACCAAAUCCAUGCCUCCAAAUUUAAUGAAACUCGGUCCAACCAACAUACCUGCAAUACAGCUUUUCCUUGCAAUGUUGAGACAGUGUCCCGUCACGCAGUGUCAAGUCGCACAGUGUCCAGCCGCGCCAGAAGGAAAACAUAUAACAAGCAUGACGCCAGGGAUCUUCACCAGCAAGACAGACGAAAACGUCACAGGAAGACGAAAGCACCAUCCACUCUCAGACGAGACAGAGCACGAACACAACAAUGGCUACAAGAUGAGAAGAUAAGUAUUCAUGGAGAGAAGAAAAGUUCAGAAACGUCCAUGACUCAGAAUAAUUCAGGCCAGCUGCCCAGACUGGAAGAACGUACCGCCCGCUCUUGCACCGCCUGUGUUGGCACUUUGCUUGAACACGCUGGUAGCAGCAUUGACUUGAUCGAACUAAAGCAGAACAUUGUCUUGGAUUUGGGACCAGACCAGUUCCAUGACGAAACAAGGACUAUUUAUGGAGCAAUGGUUCAUCUUCUUCCAAACAAGAAGGAAUGGCAGCUGAAACGGUUAAUGCAUGCCCCAGGUAAUGGACGCCAUGAGACAUGUGUCCACAACAUGGUCAGGGAACUGAAGGCCGAGGGCAAGAAGAUGGGGCAUCUGCUACACUAUUUCUCCCAGGAGAAGACGAAGCGAGCGGAUAUCGUUAAGCUGAUGACCCAGAUACAUCAGUGUGAUUUCUGCACAAACAUUGCAGCGGAUGUCAUCUGAGCUACAUUUAAGACCACACUGGCUUUUGUUCAUCGAUGGCCUUUAGUAUUUGAUGGCCUCACUUCUUUCAUUGUCGUAGUUGUUUAAUCAGAAUUAUAAAUAUCAAGCCUUUGUUAACUACAUUGAUAGUUGUCAACAUGCAGUAAAGCUUCAUGCUAAAGUGUCUCCUUUAUGAGCACAUAUGCACCCUCUCAUCAUAGUUUUGUCUGCUUUCGAAUUAGGAGUAUGUAAAUUAUCUUUAAUUAUUUAGAUUACGGUUACAAAUAUAUGUUUAUUAUGGUCCUUAGUCUCAAAUGUAGGUUUACCUGGCAAUAGAUUAUACAACGUGGAUUCUGAACCAACAUAUGAUGAUGAAUUUCAAUAUUCAGUUUAAAGAAAGAAUUGCAUCAGGCCUUGGCUUCUUCAGAGAAGCAGAUUUCGACUGGGUUCCUGAUGACGUGUGAAAUAUAGUUUGACACAGUGCGAAUUAUGUAACUGAUAAGGUUCAGACAGUUUCCAAGUAUUCGUCUUUUCUAUUUGUUAUGAUUAAGGAAAUGGUUUAGUCUUUUUUAUUUGUGAUGAUUAAGGAAAUGAUAUAGUCUUUUUUAUUUGUGAUGAUUAAGGAAAUGGUUUAGUCUUCUUUAUUUGUGAUGAUUAAGGAAAUAUUUUAG